UUCUCGCUGCGUAUCGUGUCCGUGCCGCGUCGGAUUAAACUUCGUUUUCCCUCACGUGUUUUGACAAUUAUGUCAUCGCGUUUUCGCCCCGAAUAAACUUGUUCGUUUUUGAUUUUCGGUUUGUGUGAACUUGUGAAAAAUUAGUUUCAUGUUUUUGAUUUACAAAUGCUUGGAUAUACUUCCUACAGGGGUAGCGGCGUGGGUGGAUAUGGAGGAGAGUACAACCACCCCCCGACGUCGGCACUGAACAACGCGAUGGUGGCUGCUGCCGCGACCGCCACCGCUACCGCCACUGCUAGCGUUGUCGCACUCCAGGAGCGGCAAGACAUGAACAACCAGUUCGUCCAGAUGCAAGGAGGGCAACAGUACGGGUCAAGUUACGGAAACCAAAGAGGUCACGGGCCGAUGAGCGGUCCAAAUUCCAUGGGUCCCAUGAACGGGAUGAACGGAAUGAACGGCAUGAACGGCAUGAACGGGAUGAACGGGAUGAAUGGGAUGAACGGGAUGAACGGAAUGAACGGGAUGGGAAUGAUGGGGCAAAACUCUAGUCCUCUUCACAGCGGUAUGAUGAACUCUGGAAUGGGUGCUGGCCCAGGCAUGAACAAAAUGGGCAUGCAGAGUUCGGGACCUCCAUACCCUAGAAGAAUGGCCCCUUAUCCCAAUCCUGCAGCACAUAUGAAUCAAAAAAGACAGCAAGUAAAUUCAUAUCCAACUCCAGGCCCCAACCCUAACAUGCAGAGUGGAUUCCCCACGAAUGGUGGUCCUCAGUAUGGUGGUGGUUAUGCUGGAGGUCGACCAGGCUUUCAGGGACAGUAUGGCCCUCAACAGGGGUCGUUUGGGGGCUCAACUGUCGGUGGUGUAAGAGGGAGUGGUGGUGCUAUGAGGCAAAAUGCUCCAUCCUAUCCCCCAACUGGUAAUCAGUCGGGGAACCAAUAUUUUUCCUCCAAUGGUGCAAGUCACUUUUCUCCUCACCACCAAACACCAAACCCCUCUCAGUUCCAACAAAGCUACCAACACAAUCCCAUUCCCGGUAACCCCACACCUCCCCUUACACCAGCUAGUAUGCCUCCUUAUAUCAGUCCAACGCAGGAUGUUAAACCUAACUUCAAUGAACUAAAUAAGACUCCCAUUAUUCCAAUGUGUAAAGAUGAUGAAUUAAGAUUAACGUUCCCAGUGCGCGAUGGAAUCAUCUUACCUCCCUUUAGAUUGGAACACAAUUUAGCUGUUUCAAACCAUGUCUUCCAGCUCAAACCAACCGUACACCAAACACUUAUGUGGAGGUCGGACUUAGAAUUACAGUUAAAGUGCUUCCAUCACGAGGAUAGGCAAAUGAAUACGAAUUGGCCAGCUAGUGUUCAAGUGUCAGUAAAUGCAACUCCUCUUAUGAUAGAUAGAGGAGAAAAUAAAACGUCGCACAAACCUCUUUAUCUUAAGGAAGUUUGUCAAGCAGGCCGAAACACUAUCCAAAUAACUGUUUCUGCUUGUUGUUGUUCUCAUUUAUUUGUUCUUCAAUUGGUGCAUCGGCCUAGUGUAAGAAGUGUCCUACAAGGCCUUUUAAGAAAACGCUUAUUAACUGCGGACCACUGUAUUGCCAAAAUAAAAAGGAAUUUUUCAAGUUCAGCAUCAUCAACGUUGGGUCCGGACAGAGAUGGAGUUGAACAAACUGCUUUGAAGGUGUCUUUGAAGUGUCCUAUUACAUUUAAACGAAUAACUUUACCCGCCCGUGGCCAUGACUGUAAGCACAUACAGUGCUUCGAUCUAGAAUCUUACCUUCAACUAAAUUGUGAGCGAGGUUCUUGGCGUUGUCCUGUUUGCAAUAAACCUGCCCAGUUAGAAGGAUUAGAGGUAGAUCAGUACAUGUGGGCAAUCCUCAAUACUCCUAGUCCUUCAGAAGUGGAAGAAGUUACUAUAGAUUCAUCAGCCAAUUGGAAACCGGCGAGAAAUACACAUAUUAAGGAAGAAUGUAUUUCCAUUUUACAGGAAGAAGAGACUGACUCAUGUGGUGCCAAACGAGGGAACAAAGCAAUGUCUCCUGGAAGUAUGACCUUACCAACAAUGCAUUCUUGGGAUAUGGGACAGUCACUUUCACCCUAUAUUCCUCCAGAUAUGAACAGUAUUGCUAGUGGAUCAAUGAUGAACUCUGGACCUCCUCCCUAUUCAAGUGGGCCCACCGGCAGAAGUAGUUACGAUUAUAAUUCCAGUACGACCAAUAAUGAUUUUUCAUCUGGUCCUCUCAACCAUUUAAGUGAUUCAGUCAAUUCUCUCGAACCUUUGAAUGCCAUGGAAAAAUCUCUGAAUGAUCAGAUGCCUCACACACCGCACACUCCUCACACGCCUCACACACCUCACACUCCUGGUGGAACGCCAGGAAGUGCACAUACGCCUGGACCCCCGAGCGUACCACCAACAACAACAACAGCAGCAACUACAUGUACAAAUGGCGAACAAAACUCGAUAGACACAGGACCUGUAGAUAUUCCAUCAGAUCUGAACUUUGAUCCAGCCGCUGUUAUUGAUGGUGAAGGACAAGGCCAAGAGACAUUAAAUCUGUUACCUGACAGUGUAGUAGAUCCAAUGGAACUACUUUCCUACUUAGACCCUCCUGAUCUCGCAACACCUCCAAGCAGUGGUGCAAGCAGUAAUGGUAACUUGGGAACUCCUAACGCAGUUGCUACGAGUGAUGACAUUCUAGCAUUAUUCGAGUGUUAAACCAGCAGAGGCUGGACUUUUCAGUCAAUUCUCUUACAAGGUUCCUUGGGACCAACGCUGUGUUUGACAAGAGCCAAGUUCCUUGUUCAAGCCGGUCAGUGUGAAAGGUUUUUUGCCGAUAGGUUGUGAUGAAAUUUUAUUUAUUAGAUUCCAUUGAGACUAGGAGAUGCAUUUACCCUUUUGGGAGGCAGCUUAGUUGUGCUGUAAGGUCACUUCAAAUUACUGAGUGGCAGAAAACAUGUAUUGAUAGCAGGCAAAGUUCCAAUAACUAGAAUAGAGUACUAAUCACUGUGAUUAAUGAUUUUUUAACUCUAUCAAAAUGUUACUUGACUUAUUGAAACAUUUAAUAGAAUUGUUUUCCUUCGUCAAAACUUUUUAUUGUUCUUGCAUCCAUACUUUGGAUCUUAUGAAAAAGUGAUCUCAAAUUAAUCGAGCUGAUUGAAAUAUUUUGUACUGGAUUAAAAUAGAAGAAAGAAUUACAAUGCAGGUAAUGUUCUAGGCCUAAACAAAAGAAGAAUACAAAAAAAGAAACUACUAAAUAAUACUGCCUAUCAAAUUCUCUUGAAUCUCUAGCAUUGGCAACUUCAAUGAAUCAAUCAAGGAUAAAUUAACAUUAUUUAAACUUGCUUUGAUAAAUAGUACCAAAAAUUAAGAGCAGAAUGGCUGUUUGAAGAGAUGGUAAAGUCGUCCAACAGUUUUCAAAAAAAAAUUAAAAUUUCUUUUAAGUGGUAAAUCAUUGAGUGAAAUAAAAAUUUCAGCACUCCAGCCACAACAUACUGUCCAAAGUACUUAGAUUAAUUUUAAAUACUCUGUUACUCAGUAUCAACGAACCCUAGAGCAAUCGUGAAAACUCUACACUGUUUUCGUUGUCCAUUUCCUUUUAUGAAGGCCUCGGUAUGGUGCUUUGCCUGUUAAGUACACUGAAUAAAACUGUAAACUUGUGUUUCUACUUAGGUCUAUAAUUUUUUGAAUUGAUUGUACAGGACGCCACCAUGUCAGAGACUUAAAUCACCUGUUCCAUUUUUUCCUAUGAGAAUUUAUGAAUAGCAUGUUUUGUGUUUCUAUACUUUUUUUUGUAAAUACCCCUCCUUUUCUUUCUUCUUGCGAACUGUUUCUUUGAAAAUUUGUGAAUAUCCUUUUGAGUCAUAGUAAUUCUAAAUUAAAUUCAGUGAGAUAUCAGAGACAAAAUGCAUUGUUAAAUUCUUGUACAUUAUUGCUGUAAAGUUCAAAAUUUUUAUAAUGGUUAUUCACAAAUCAUGUACAAAUUCUAAAACACAGAUCUAGUAAUCAAGCUUGUGAGUUUCUGAAAACUAUGUUUUUGUGUAAAUUGUUUUAGAAAAUAUCGUAACUGUACAUACUGAAUGCACAGAAAAAAAAAAGAAGAAAAAUGGGCCCCUAGACGAGGCACGAAUUAAAGUACCACGGGACAUGUUUUCUUUUCAAAAUCUUGCUUAGAAAACGACUCACACAAUGGAAAGUCUGGAAAUCAACUCCUGAACAAGAUAAAAAGUUUAUAGUAUCAACAAUCAACAUUAAUUAUGCGGCAAAUAGACUAGUGAAAUCAUUUUUAGAGUCUAACUUCAGUUUGAUCUGUGUUCAAAAUACUUGUUGAUAUCUUAUUCAGGUGCUGAUGUCCGUAUUCUCUGUUGUGUCAAUCGUUUUCUACGUAAGAUUUCGGAGAGAAAACAUGUCACCUUUUUUUUUAUUUUAGGCCUCGUCUGGUGUCCCAUUGAAAAUAGGAAAAAGUAAUAUAAAAUCAAUUUAACUUUACUUUAUUAAAAUAAAAUUACUUUUUAUCGAUUCUAGUUGUACUUGCUUGUGUAGUCCUGUAAUCUUAGUUUUGGGCAUUCUGUUUUGUAUAAAGCAGUAUUAUUCGUAAAUCAAAAGUUUCAGAAUGAUUAUUCAUAAUAAUUAUAAAUCAAGUACAUAACUAUUGCAGUAAGUUGUAUGUAUGAUUAAUAUUUUUGUUGAAUUGUGAUAUUUUCAUGUUUUAAAAUUAGCGGAAGUUUCCUAACUUUAAACUUAAUAGAAAUGUUUUAUUUAUGUUUUAUAAUUAUUAUUUGAUUUUUUCUCUCUCUUUUUUUUUCUUUUUUUUCAUCUUUGAGGGGGGCAAGUACUUUCCCAACAUCAUAUUUUGAACACUCAAAUUCCUAUGAACACAUGUACUUAUACACUCACUUCCAUACCAAAAGCAAACUUUCUUAGUCAUCAACCGUCAAUUGUAAGUUCUGAUUCUUAAAAGAACCUCAUGCAAAAUAAACCACUUUUAAGAUGAUUUGAAAUAAUUAAAUAUUUUAAGUUGGAUCUGUGGCGGGAGUGAGCUAAUAUCAAGAUAGCAAUCAAAUGCUAAGAUACUGGUUUUGUUUUAAAAUGGUGCCAAAAAUCGGAUCGUUGCGCUUGCAGGCACAUUCCAGCUAUAUUUAACCGAAAAAUCCAUCCUGUAAACCCUAAAAGAAUGCUGUAAGUAUUAAAAGAAAAAAUGAACCGAUGGAUUUGACCAAUCGAUGUGCAAAAUUUUGCAUUUGUUCACUUGCAGUUUUAUUUUAUUUUCAGGGUUUACAAAUAAAUGAGCUUGGUUCUUUGGAACGAAACAGCUGAAAUGUGCCUCUUGGCUCAAUUGCUGUUUUUUGCCAAAAUUUGAAGUGGUACGAGUGAUUAAGCAAAAUUUGUUUGAUACCUUGAUUUAGUUCACUUCCAAUGUUGAUUAACCUUAACAUUUGAUAAGAAGUUACCAACACUGUCAAAAUUUCCAACAUCUUUGAAAUUUGAUCAUGGCAGAAUGAUAAAUCUUCACAAUGAAUAGUGUCAUAUUCAUACACCUCCAUUUUCCUGAUAAAUUUUAGUAAAGGAAUGCUGGUGUCAAAAUUUAGAUGAAGCUUUUACUACCACUAAUUUGGAUCUUUUGAGUUGAUCAAAUUUAAAAUUUUAACACCUUCUCAAGAAUGUCUCAAUGUCUAAGGUUGAAAAGAAUGAAAUUUUAAAAAUUCUGAUGACCAGUAAACCCUCAUGAGAUGGAAGAGAUCAAUGUAUAACCGAAGCAAUAUACCCACUAUCUGAUUUAUUUUCUGAAUUUUUACAUGACGAUCAUCUUUGUAAGAAACUGAUCAGAAGACUGAUCAAUUUGAGGACUUUUGACAUGGAAUCUUGAAACAACCUUCUUCCCUUGGACCUAAUUUUCAAGACUUUCCAAGCAAUGAAUCUUCAUUUAGUUCAAACCAAAAGUGACCGAUUUUGAAUGUGGUUCUUUAGAAAUAAUGGUGAGGAGAAUAUGGACGUUCAUGGACAAUCUGCAUCACUUCAUAGGCGAAUCAUUUAAGUUAUUCCAGUUUCCUCUGUGCAACAAUAAUAAUAUCAACUGAAGUCUGCCAGUAUCAAGAGGAUCUAUGCGUCUUUCAAUGACCAACAAAGUGAGAGGCACAACAAACUGAAUUGUGUCCACAAGCUUUUGUCCUUUGAUACUGGUGUAUUUAGAUUGGGACUGAAUAUUCGUUAAUCAGAGGGAAAUCGCAUCACUUAAUAUAGAAUUUUUACCUUGAACGUCCAUCAUUAAUCCACCAGGCGUGUGUUGUUAUUGUAGAUUGUGAGGAUCUUAUAUUUUGAAACAAAAUUCCGAAAAACUUGAUUGGCGGUUUCCAUUCUAAAUCACCCUGAUAUUCUUGUUCCGAGUUUUCAAAAAAUUGUUUCUUUCAUGUUUGUUUCCCUUUAUUAGAGGAAAUAGAACCAUACCUAAGAGAUUACCAAUUUCGCCCAAUACUAUGCAACUGUUCCUAAUUUUAAUGACAAAUUGACAUUUGUAUCCUUACUUCACUCCACGAUCAUGGAAAAAAAUAACAUUAUUGGCUAUUGAAGCCUUUAAAGUAAAUAGACUUUAGUUAGCUGCAGUGAGAAGAAUGAUCAUCGGCCAAGAACUCAAAGUAUCGUAAUUUUGUCAAAAUAAUCAGCCAGAACAAUCUACAGUAAUGCCCUGAUUGUCCCAUAGAUCAUCUAACCGAACUUUGGAUGCUUCAGUCAUCCAACAUGGUCAAAAUUGAGUUCAUGGUCAUCAACUAGAUAGCCACCACAACGAAAAAUAUCACUUCGGCAAGAGUUGAAUAAAUACGUGGUUUUGUGUUUUUUUCCAAUUCAGGGACUGUGCACUUCAAGCACGAUGGGAAAUUGGCAAACUUUUGGGAACAAACAAGGCCUGAAAUGGCAUUUUUUCAGCCUUUGACAGGUGGUGACUUUUCCGAUAUCAGACGCCAAAAAUCGUUUGAUAAUCAGGACAUUACUGUAUUUUGUACGAAAUGACUUUAAAACAUCACCUCUUAUUGUAAAUACCAGUUUUCCAGUUCCCCAUUGAGGCCCACUUCAUGAACCAAUCAAUUUUUGAGGGCAUUCGAGAUUCGACAAAAUUUUUCCUUUCACCAGUUCGACUCCAAAUCUUAUGAAGCAAAGGUGAAAAUACACAAGUAUGAAGUUCAGUCAGCUUUCUGAGACUAUCCACCCUUUUAUAUUGUAUGCCAUGAUAUUAGAUGACCAUGGUACAGAGAAUUUUGAAAAAUCAAAGUGACAUUCCAUGUAUCUUGCCAAAA